CGCCACUCGACACCCUUGAGCCCCUCCGCGUCCCGCGUCCGCCUCUGGUUUGGCUAAAAGGGCAGGAGUGUGUGUGCGGCCUGCGCCGGACGAGCCCGCUUCCCUGGAGCGCCAGCCAUUGUGCUGCUCGGAGCAGCCUUUCUUUACCCCGGCGGACGGGGGAGGGUGGAGAAUGGGGCUCUGAGCCCGAGGUGAAUGGAGAGGCAGAGGAGGGGAAGAGGGAACAGAACCACGAAGCGGUUGCCCAUCCGUAUGCAAUGAAAUACUCGGUGCGGUUGGCACACACGUACACCGGCUGCGUCAGCCGAGGAGGAGUGAAAACCUGAAGAUACACGAAUCCUGAAAGUGGCUGUUGUGCUGUUGCUGUGCAAGAAUGGAGGCCCCCCUGGUGAGUCUGGAUGAAGAGUUUGAAGACCUGCGGCCCUGCUGCUCGGAGGACCAGGAGGAGAAGCCACCCUGUCUCUAUGGCUCAUCUCCCCACCACUUAGAGGACCCCUCCCUCUCAGAGCUUGAGAAUUUUUCUUCUGAAAUAAUCAGCUUCAAGUCCAUGGAGGACCUCGUGAAUGAAUUCGAUGAGAAGCUCAAUGUCUGCUUUCGGAAUUACAACGCCAAGACGGAGAACCUCGCUCCGGUGAAGAACCAGUUACAGAUCCAGGAGGAGGAGGAGACCCUGCAAGAUGAGGAGGUUUGGGAUGCUCUGACAGACAAUUACAUCCCUUCACUCUCAGAAGACUGGAGGGACCAAAACAUGGAGGUUCUGAAUGGCAACAGCUCUGACACCCAGAUCCAUGAAAAAGAAGAGGAAGAGUUCAAUGAGAAGAGUGAAAAUGAUUCUGGUAUCAACGAGGAGCCUCUACUCACAGCAGAGCAGGUAAUUGAGGAAAUUGAGGAAAUGAUGCAGAACUCUCCAGACCCUGAGGAAGAAGAGGAGGUUCUGGAAGAAGAGGAUGGUGGAGAGACCUCCUCCCAGGCAGACUCAGUCCUCCUGCAGGAGAUGCAGGCCUUGACACAGACCUUCAACAACAACUGGUCCUACGAAGGGCUGAGGCACAUGUCUGGGUUGGAGCUGACCGAGCUGCUGGACCAGGUGGAGGGGGCCAUCCGUGACUUCUCAGAGGAGCUGGUGCAGCAGCUGGCCCGCCGGGACGAGCUGGAGUUUGAGAAGGAAGUGAAGAAUUCCUUCAUCACGGUGCUCAUUGAAGUUCAGAACAAGCAGAAGGAACAGCGAGAACUGAUGAAAAAGAGGCGGAAAGAGAAAGGCCUGAGCCUGCAGAGCAGCCGAAUAGAGAAGGGAAACCAGAUGCCUCUCAAGCGCUUCAGCAUGGAAGGCAUCUCCAACAUCCUGCAAAGCAGCAUCCGCCAGACCUUCGGCUCCUCAGGAACCGACAAGCAGUAUCUGAACACAGUCAUUCCUUACGAGAAGAAGGCCUCUCCUCCCUCCGUGGAAGACCUGCAGAUGCUGACAAACAUUCUCUUUGCCAUGAAGGAGGAUAAUGAGAAGGUGCCUACUUUGCUAACGGACUACAUUUUAAAAGGUUUUGCUCUAUGUGCACAGUAAACUUUGCACAGUUUCAGAAGGUCUGUGGAAUCUACAUCCUCUGCCCCACCUAACCUUGCCCCUUGGAGCAGCCUCACCGCAGGAGGUGACUGAGCAAGAGUCAUUCAUCUCGGGGACUGCAUGACACCACGUAACCUCCGACGUGUAUUUAAACGUGUAUAGCUUAACCUGGAUUAAACAUGAGCAAACGUGCGCUAGUAAUCAUUGGAUGCAUGAUCGGGGGCAGGGCCCGUGGCGGCGCCUCCUCCCUGCCUGUGUGGGGGAAGGGAAGGCAGACGCUCUCACUGCUCAUUACAUAGUCUGGCUCUGGCCCUCAAAAACAGCUACACUCUGAGACUAAUUUUGAAAUAAAACUUUCAUUUAAUUAA